UUUCAGGUUGCACUUGCCUUUGUGUUUUCACACCCUUCACCUCAAAGGCAGUGCUAAUAAAUAGGCUCACUCUGUGGCAAACAGCUAUAAAGGAAGGGGGACACCAACAGAUUGAAACUUAUACGGUAAGAUAUUGUUAUGCUCUAAAUACUUUGUUAUAUAUUAGAGCAAACUAGCAAAUGCAUUUUGUGGUAUUUUAUUUUAUUUUUUUGUAAUUAGAUGAUUUGAUUAAAAUGUGUUUUAGACGUAUUUUUUGCCUUGACUAUAUUGGUUCAACUAAAGUCAACUGGUAAUAUAUCUGGUCUCGUUCUGGUUGAUUAACUAGCGACCAGCUUGGAAAACUGUGCGUUUUCAGGAUAAUGUGGCGAGCAUUGCUGGUGUGUGUGACUACUCUGAGUGUACACUGUGAGGCUCAGACAGGCUCUGAUAUAUGCAGACACCACUCCACCUUUAGACAAGCAGCUGAUUGGGACAUCACAGUCACUUGUGGAACUGAUAGUAUCCAUCUGAGCAUCCUACUGUGUCCAGUCUACUAUGCUGGUUAUAAUGAAUCUCUUAUAGCUCUCAACGGAAAAUUGAACAUGCCAGCCUGUCGUGGAAUUGUAGACUUGAUAGCCAGUACCCCUGUUCUGAAGUUUAAUUUCUCAGUCUCUGACGAGGAAGUGUCCCUCUGUGACAAUUCUCUUGAGCUUACAGAUGAGGUGGGCACAGGUCAAUUCUCUGACUCCAGAGUUCAGUUUGUCAACAUUUCAGGAAGCAUCAUUUCAUGGGAACCAGUCAGGGACCCUUUCACAUACCACCAAAAGCUUAUUUAUCGAUUCUCCUGCCGCUACCUGCUGCAGUAUUUGGUCAACGACACUAAAGUAAAUGUGUCAGGCAUGAACCUAGCUGCCCGAGGGAACAGAGGAAGUUUUGUCAGGGCACUCCAUAUAAAUUUCUUCACUAAUCGACAAUAUACACAGCCUCUAAAAAUACCUGAAAAGGGCCUACAACUGAAAACUCGGAUAUAUGUCCAGGUCAAGGCAACAAAUCUCACUAACAGGUUGAAUGUCCUGCUUGAUCGCUGCUUUACAACAACAAGCCCUUAUCCAAUAAGCACAGUUUAUUAUGAUCUUUUUGUUGGGUGCAGACAUGAUGGGCAGACAGUGGUGUACUUAAAUGGGGUAUCCCAAGAGGCACGCUUUUCCUUUGAGGCCUUCCAAUUUGUGGAGCAUCAGAACAAGACCACAUUCUCCACGUUCUCCACAUUCUACCUGCACUGUGUCACCCGACUCUGUGAGAAUUCCACCUGUCCCUCCAUGCUUCCGAACUGUAUAAAGAACGUAAGAAGCACACUCCAAUUGAAUCAGUACUUAAGCAAUGUGGAAACUGUUUCUUCAGGCCCAAUCAAGACAAGAACUGACAGUGACUGUGUGACAGGGGUCAUUAUACUCACUUGCUUGUUGAGUGUCUGCUGUACUGGACUGGUGGUGUGGAUUUUGAUCUACAGGAGGCAUACGUGAUUUUAAUUUUCUUCAAUUUUCAGACAAAUCAAUAAAGCUACUAUAUGAAGGAAUAUC